GUCAUCAACAAUUCUACUUCUCCGCCCUCUCUGAUUGCGGCCUCACCCUCACCAGUGAAGCCCCUAUAAACAAUCUGCCAGUCACAUUCCCUCCUCAAGCAACUCAUCACAAGCUCCCGUCUCGUCCCACCUGACAAGCAACAUCUAUUGAGCAAUCGGACACAACAAGCAAGUCUCUUCCGCUUCAUCGUCCCUUUCAGAGAAGGACCUCCCUUUCUCUCCCCUCCUCUAAGAGUGUUCCCUCGCCAAAAUGCCUCUUCUCCGUAGAUAUGUUUGCUAUGAGCGGCUCGGACGUGAAUACUGCAGAACAACCUGGAGAGACUGGGGCCGUUGGGUCGCCCUAGCAAUCCUCGUUUUCGGCGCUUUCUUCAUCUUCUUCAUCUUUGCCUGCAUUUCCUCCCGCCGUCGUCGCCGUCGCGGUCUGCAACCGUUCCGCGGCACCGGCUGGGCCGCGCAGAACACAUUCUGGCCACAACAGCAGCAGUAUCCGCCACCACCCCCCAACGGACCCCCGCCACAAUACACGCCAAACUCUGGCUACUACGGCCCCAAGCCCACUUACUAUGGCGGCCAGCCGCAGCAACCACCAUACCCAUAUCCGCCGCCGCAAGAACAAGGCGUCGAGCUGCAACAGCCGCAGAAUGUCCAUCGGGCUGGGGAGCGGGUGUAUUCACCGCCGCCUGGACCACCUCCAGCGCCUGUGAAGUGAGUCAUGGGGUGUAGGAUGGAGAAUAGAAUGCAGCGAAAGAGAGGGAAAAAAAAUAACGAAAAAA